AUGUCUACUCGUGCUGCCGCUACCAAAUUGGACUGGUCUAAGUUGAUCUCUACUCUCGGUUUGAAGGGUAAAACUGCUUCUUCUUUGCAAGCUUUCAAGAAGAGAAACGAUGAAGCCAGAAAGGUCGUCUUUGAAUUGUCCUCUCAAAAGACUGAAGUUGACUUUUCUCACUACAAGUCUGUCUUGAAGAACCAAGACAUUGUCAGAAAGAUCGAAGCUGAUUUCGGUGCUUUCAAGCCAGUUACUUACGAUGUCUCUAAGCAAUUGAACACCAUCGAAGCUUUCAAACAAAAGGCCCUUGAAAACGCCACUGCCACCGAAGAAGUUGUCACCAAGGAAUUGAAGGAGUUGGCUGAAACUUUGAACAACAUUGAAUCUGCUAGAGCUUUCGAAGAAUUGACCGUCGAAGAUGUUGUUAAGGCUAGACCAGACAUUGAUGACAAGGUUACCCAAGUCGUUAAGAAGGCCAGAUGGGAAGUUCCAGGCUACUACGACAAAUUCGGUCACCUUAUUGUCAUGUAA